UGUCGGACGCAGUUUCAAAUGUCGACGUGCAAACAAAACGCUGCGUCCCUAACCUGCUUCCUGAAGAAACGCUUUUCGGCUGGCAGGUGGAACGUGUAGGCAAUGUCCGAGGAGGAAGGACCACGUCCUUAUUCCGCGCCAACGAUGAACGGCUCGGAGGAGGUACGGAACAUGGAAAAUGUGUGCAGACUUUGCCUCUCAGCCGACGAGCCGAAAUCAUCGGUGUUCGGAGGACAGGGGUCUCCGCUUUCCUUGGCCAGCAAGAUACAAGACUGUCUGUCGAUACAGAUAUCAACUACAGACAGAUUGUCAACACAGAUAUGUGCUAAUUGUGUUAAAACAGUGGAUCAGUGGCACCGUUACAAGGAAGCUUGUUUUCGAUCACAAGAUAAGCUGAAUCAGUGGCUGGAAAAGCAUUCUAAGCCACCUCCUAUGAUUGUAACGAUCAAGGAUGAACCUGUAGAUGUAGACUUUGAUGGAGACGUUGUUGAUGUCCUUUCUGAAUCUACUAAUCAUUCGGAUUCAGAAACAAUUGUUGUUGAAGAGGAUAACAAUCCCGUAAGGAAUCAUGCGCAAGUCGACGAGCUUGAGAUUGUCAUAUGCGAAGAUCAGUCAUUGCCGACAAAGAGUGCAGAGACAUGUGCAACUGAUGAUGAGAUUACCGUGUAUGAAGACCAACCACUGCCGGCAAAGGAAAAUACGGACAUGUGCAUAAAAGUUGAGCCACAAGAGGCUUAUGAUACAGACUGCACGAUAGAAAUUGAAUCUGUGACCGGUAGUGAACUCGUGUUGAACCCGCUUUCUACCAAAGAGGGUAGAGUCAUGGAAGCUGAUUCUACACAGAAGUCUCAUCAGUCAGCAUCUGCGCGAAUUGGCAAGAAAAAACAGAGAAGGGGUCGCACGCACUACAGGGGUAUUAAAGUUCAUAAACAGAAAUGUGUGCAUUGUCAGAUUACCUUGCAUUCAAAAUACAAUUACAUGAAACAUAUGCAGAGAUUCCAUAGCGAGAAGCAGAAUGGCGUCACUGACAAACCAGAAUUACAAGAUGACGAAGAAUUGAUUGAGGAUUUAGAAGAUGAGUUGAUGACCAUGGAAAAAGAGGCUCCAUUAACGCAAGUGCAGCAGAACAUUAUCAGUCAGCUGAAGACGUACUCGUGUUACUCUUGUCAAGAGUCGUUCCCUGAUCGCCGGACCACUCUGGCUCAUAUCCGUCAACACAUGCCGGAUCUCCGACCGUAUACGUGCAUUGCGUGUUUGACGGAGUUCCCGGAUCGAUCGAUGUACAACUUACACUGCGGAGCGUCGUUUGAAUGCGCGAUGAAAAUCGCGUUGGUCGUACCCAAGCAAGGGGAGGAGAAGUACUUCACAUGUAGCAUGUGUUUACGAUCGUUGCGUGAUAGGAAGGAAUUGCUCAGUCAUUUAUCGAAACACUCGGAUAAACAAUAUGAGGAGCUGACAUCUCCAACGCGAUCUCCUCCUAAGUUAACGGCUAUGACUUCCUUGCCAACGUCUAUGUCAACGCCUGAACUACAACCUAGGAAAUUGUUCGAGAAUGUUCCUUCGAAGAUGAACAUACCCAGCCCUUACAUGAACGGCGAUCCCGCACACAAUCACGUGUGCGAUUUAUGCGGUAUGAUUUACAGAUACAAACCCAAUAUGCUUAAACACAGAGAACUCUGUCGAAGUUUGUCGCCCGAUGUUAGGACGUCUUAUAAGUGUGUCCACUGCGGUAUGACGUACCUUAUUUUCAAAAAGUUCUACAAUCAUAUCACGAUGGAUCAUGAUAAAAAGGAAUUCACUUGCUCCCAGUGUGGUAGCAAGUUCAAUUUACCUAAAGAUUUUCUCUAUCACCACGAGGAACACCGUAAGAACCGCAAGAAGGAGUUGCAUGAGAAAAAGGAGCCCGUGGCAGAAACUGUUAAGAAACCUAUCACGGACUGGGACACGUUCGAAGCUGAAGUGAAUGCGAAAAAGCUGAUUACCAAACCGUAUAGUUGUGCUCUUUGCAAUUUAGAGUUCAACACUAGAAGUGAAUAUGCGGAACAUAGAAAUCUCCAUUUGAAAGUGAAGAUCUACUCGUGCGUCGUAUGUCGCAGCAUGUUCAGUAGUGCGGGUGCCCUGGAGAUUCACAUGAAGGACCAUGGUAUAGAGGAUGCGAACGAGAGAAACUCAAAUAUCUCUUGCAUGGAAUACGGCAGCGCGGACGAUAAUUCUCGGGACUCAGAUUCGUUAAAUGUAACUUUCAAAACGGAUCCUGACUUAGAUAGGAAUACAUGCAAACUGUGCGGUAAAAUCUUUUCGCACCCAGCGAACGUCAGGAGACAUGUAAGGAACAUCCACGAAAAUGGUCGGUACCAUGUUUCAUGUCCUCAUUGUCCGCGAAUGUUCAAGAGCGAGGAGGACCGUGAUCAACACAUGUCAAACGAGCACGCCAAGCCAAAACCUAUGCUUCGGUGUUCACAAUGCCCUAAGACCUUUGUUUUCCGCAAGAAUCUAGACAUUCAUAUUCAAACUAUUCAUGCUAAAAGAUCAUAUGGUAAUGGUAAUCACAAGUGCGAUAUCUGUGGCAAAGAGUUUAUGAAGGACUCGUCACUAAAGAUACAUAGGAGUUGGCACAGCCGAGCGAAUUCGGGAUUGAGUAUCAUAGUGAAGGCGGAGGAUUCGCAGUCAAAACCAGUAGAAUCGAGGAACGAGGGUACUAGUCGGUCGGCGGAAGCUCGGAAAUUGUCACUGGAUUUACCACCUACAAACUCUGCCGGCAAUUUCCAAUGUCAAGUAUGCACUGAAAAAUUUAACGACGUGACAGAGUUAAGGGAACAUUUGUGGGACGUGCAUUGUGCCCGAAACAAACCCGAGAAGAACUUAACCACCGAGGAAUUCCAGUGCGAGCUUUGCAUGAACGUAUACAGUGACAAGGAGACCCUGAAUGGACAUAUGCAGUGGCAUAAGGCUCAUCCUAUUCUUGGUCAACCUCCGCAACGUCCAUAUUCAUGCGAGAUCUGUGGGAAAUUCUACAGUUCUAAGAAGACGAUCUGGAGACAUAAGAAGCUUCAUAAAUUGAACGCAGCAGCCACACUGAAAUGGCAAAUGUCUGCGAACUCUACGUCUCCUCGACCAACUUGUAACUUUUGUCAGAAAGUAUUCCAUAGCAAUCAGUCGUUGCAGCGUCAUAAACUAGGCUGUCACAUUGGCGUACUGAAUGAACAACAGCGGCCAGCAUUGGUGCAAAAUAACAUAUCGAAGACGUCGUUAGAAGGAGAACCAGAAAAGAAGAAGAUGAAGUUAGAAUCGGAAACGAAGAAGAUGAAGUUAGAAUCGGAAACGAAGAUGAAAUUGGAACCGGAAGAUGGGAAAUCGUCAUUAGCCAUGGAUGUAAUGAACGCCGGUAAAAAGGCAGUGAUGUGCCACGUUUGCAAAAAGUUCUUUGCGAACAUGAGCGUGCUAUACAAGCACAAACAGUUGGCGCACAAGCCGAGCAUGGUGAAGAAUAUCGUGAAAUCCAUAACGACCCAGUUGAUUCCCUUACCAAGUAAGAACGGCAAGGUUUCCUGCAACAUUUGCUUCAAAAAAUUCCCAGGCCUUUACAACCUUCGCCAACAUUUCACCAAGAAGCACAAAUUCCCGGAACCUCCACAACAUCGUUGCUACAUAGACGGGUGUAAAGCCGUAUUUGACAAUGCGAUGAGCCUGAAGACCCACGAAAUGUCGCACGUCUGCAUGAUCUACAACUGUACGCAGUGCAACAAGCACGUGUACAACAAAUCGGCUUUGUCCGACCACAUGCUCUCGGUGCACAAUACCGUUUACGACCCCGACACCAACAAAAGCUUCCACAAAGAAGUAAAUUUGGUUACGUACACUGUAGAAGGGGCCGUGGACGCUGUGUGUCCACUAUGCAAGAUUAAGUAUCCCAAUAACAAAGCUAUGAAAAUUCACUAUUUCAAGUUCCAUGAUAACAAAAAGUAAUAGAACGGUGUAUAUUCGAAGUGACUUGAAAGAUGAACCAGAUUAGUGUGUGAUGAACGGUUGGUCCAAAAGACAGUGCGACUCUCCGAGCAGAUCGGACGCUGCCUUACAUAUUUUUUAUCGACUUUCGGGUGAAUAGUGUAAACAAGUAGUACUAUUGCGAUAACGAAUAGGAUCUAUAUAUUCCUUCGUUCCUUACCAGAGCUACUACUAUAAUUCUUCAGAAAGAUCCUCGAAUUUGGAUACCUAUUCUUCCAGGAGGGCAUUGAACAAAUUCUAGAUACAAUGACGACACUUAUGAGACGCUGUCCGGAGAUCGACGAGAGUUAUUAAAUUAGAUAACAGGUGUGAAACCAUAGAACAGUUAAUUGAACUUAGUAUGCUAUUGGGGAUUGUGGUAUCGAUUUUAUUGGGUGUCGGAUGUUUCGUUGAACUGAACUUUUGUUUAUUGAUUCGUAUCAUGUCGAUUUGUUGUUCACUGCAAAAGAGGAUAAUAUCCUGUCAUCUGUUAUUUUGCUGUUAUCCAAUGAUGGCUUGAUCAUCGGAAAAGAAUACGGUUGUAACAGGGGUGAUAGACUAUAAGAAGGAAUAUCAUGAAAAUGUGGUGACCGAGAUCCGGUUUUUUUUAUAUUUAAUCAUUCUUUGACCAGACGUUUGUAUACUGUGCUAGAUUUUUUCAUAAUGCAUACAUGUACAUGUAGAAUUUUUUGCAUCUAGUGAGCAAAUAAAGGAAGAACCAAUACUUGUAGAUCAUCGAUUUUCCAAUCAUCACUUGACAAUGUCCUUUAUGGGACAUCGUCGUCAUCAGGUGUACACGAGUUUUAUGAUUCUUCCAAGUUUUAAUAAUUUUCGUUGCUUGUAUAUCGUUUACUAUUAAUAAUAAAAACAGAGGUGUCCAGAUC